AUGUCCCAUCAGACUCGACAACUGUCUUCAGUCUUAGAUACGCUGCUACGUCAGCAAUCGGAGGGUAAGAUUCAGGACUCAAAUUCGUUAAAUGCACUCCUCAAUAGCGUUCUGCCGGCAUACUCGAAAAGAUCUCUAUCCCAUGAAGAACAAGAGGUGGUGAUCAAGAUUUUUCAAGCAAUCCAUUUGCUCACAUCAAGAAGUCCAUCCUUACUUUUUGAGAACAACAGGUACAAGGCAGUCGUGAAUGGUUUCAUGUAUUUUUACGAUGCGCGAUACCACGAUUCGGAGUUAGCACAGAAGGCGACUGAGUCAUUGAAACGGAUCAUCAACGAUCAGUACAGAGGAAGGCUUGCUUCCAGCAUGCACUUGGACCUAAUAAAGGUAGAACUGAUUGAAACACUUAAUGACAAUUUGAACUACGUGCUUGAGAGCAUAACCAACUCGACGGCGUCAAAGCCAGUUGAUUUGAACUAUAUCACCACUACCAACGAUUACAGAUUCUCCAGAUUGAGCAUUUCCACACGCAUUCUUCAAGUACUUCUUGAUGUUUCACUUGAAAAUGCUUUGUUACUGCACUCGCAAAACCCGUUCAUGAUGGAAACGUUUAUUGGUCGGCUUUGGUUCUGUAUGGAUAAUGUGGUUGUGAAUCUGAAGUUUAGCAGCGAUGAAUCUGGAGACACAUCAUAUAUUCUGUCACAGACCUCAGUGGACAUGAUCGCUGCUAAGUUUGAUGUACUAUACGCCACUCUGUUACAAUCUACCGGAAGCUACACUUUUGUUGAUGAGUGUUUACAACACACUCGUCUGGAACAAUUACUGUUCAAGUGUAGGGAUUUACUCAAUUGGCCUUUACUUUCGCGGUUUCCUAAACUACAGUCGAGUCUUGCUGAAAUUUUGAUGAAGCUAUUUAUCAAAUGCAAAGAAAUGGACACUUUGUGUUAUUUCUGGAAUAAGCUGGCAAUCACUACCGAAAAGUUGGCGUACGUUGACAAGAUGCUAUCCAAUCUUGGCCCUGACUUAUUUAUUGUGAUCAACAUACUCCUCAUAUUGAAUGUGAAAGUUGGCAAGAUACCCACCAUGCGAAGCCGCUCUACAUUCGAAGCCCAUUAUUUGAGGUCUUACGAAAUAGCAUUCAGACCUUUCUCAAAUGAGAAGCUACACCUGCUUCGAAACAAGGUUCUUCUUUGCGCCUUAGAAGAUGUACUAGAGCCCGAUGUGGAUAUGUUAUUAUCAUUGACAAACUCCAAGUCAAUGGUCAAUUUGGUCGAUUCGAGUGACCGAAAUUUAAAGGGAAAGGAGACACUGGCUUUAGAUCACGAAAAAAACCUUGAGAUUGUUGAUUUGACUUCGAGCUCUUACGUUUCGCAAAGCACCAUUUCCGAUUCUAAACUAAAGAAAUGGAUCUCCAAACUUGAGAGCGCCAAAAAAAAUGGCCAGUUUGAUGCAAUUAUCAGCACACAGCUGGGAAAAAUCUGCAUGGUUACUGCGAUUGGUAGGUAUGCUUGUUUGGUAGCUGAAGACUAUGAUUUCAAAAGCAAAAUAUGCCGCAAAUGUGAUUAUGCUCCAGAUAAAACCAUAUAUUUGCUUGAUUCAGUCGAUCCGAAAAGGCCAUCUAUUGAUUCUCGUCCAGAAAUCGAAUCUGCAUUCACCAUACUUAUUGACACUUUUAUUUCAGACCCAGCAUCAUUGAAUGAUGAACAGCUGAUUGUGUCCAUACUCAUCGCUCUUCGCCGUAUAUUUAGCUCGUUCCGUCCACCUUCGCUGAAACAUUCUGUCAAACUAUGGAGAUUUCUUGAGGCUAGCUUUAUUAGCGUGGUUCGAGAGAUUCGUCUUCUAACUGUUAAAAUAUUCCCGCUUCUUCUCUUAUCCACUGAGGAUGAUCAAUAUGAGUCUGAUUUUGACAUCUUGUUGAAAUACUUGAGCAUGUUCAAGAUAUCGAGAAAAACGGCAUAUCUUUUCGAAGGUAUCAUCAUGUCAUGGGGCGAGCUUAUAAUGAUCAGUCAUCUCGAGGGAAAGCAAUAUGUCAUGCUUAACCACUUAAUACAGUACAUGGGCGACAGUGACCAAUUUAGAUCAAACCUUUCCUUUCACGAAUUACGCCUUGUCGCUUCCACCAAAAAACUAACAGCUUGGAAACUGGUUGAGCCUUUCAUCCCACUGAUAAGCUAUGAACUAAUCCAAAAAAGGAACACACACCCAAACAUGCUCAGAAUUUUUUGCGACUGUAUCAAGAUGGAUGUCGAUGUAUUCCUCAACAGGGUGAUGGAAUUUACUGUUCCGCUUUUCAUUCAAUCCUUUUCCGAAGAUCACAUAGGAUUCAUUGCUGGACAGGUCGGCAAGACUAGAUCGCAACUUGUAACAAGUCACAUUGAAAAGGUGCUGGCUAUAUUGUUGACUGCUGAUGAGAAUAUUGAUGCUAGUAAGAUCAUCAAAAUAGUGGCCUUAUCAAAUCCAAAAUAUAAAGGAAUGAAUUUACGAAUACUCAUCAGCGAGUGCCGCGUCAUGGAUCUCAUCUGGGAGUUGUUGAGUCUCUACAAUUCAGAAAAAAUGAAACCGCGAAUCAGAAAUGCCAUACUUUAUGCAUGUAUGUCUCGCCACAUUGGAGACAUGUCUUUGAGCGAUGAUGAUAACUUUCUGAACAAAGAGAUGGACUUAAUGAUUUUGGGUAUUGCUCAAUCGUUUUCGGCGAUCAUAUAUGAUCAUAGGGGUAGCAGGCCUUACUUGCUUAAAAUCCAGGCAAUUCGUGCUAUCCGUUGCAUUGCGGAAAUAUCAACCAGUUUCCAAACAUGCCUCUCUCAAAUAAUGACCUGCUUGCAAAUUGCUCUUGAAUCUCCAGAGCUCCAACUAGAAAGUCUGGAGUGCCUGCAUGUUCUUGUUUCUAACCUGGACUACUCUCCGUUAUCCAUCAUUGUUGACUUGCUGAUCUCCUAUCUGAUUCAGAAAUACAGGUUCUUUAACAUCAAAUGUAAGAAUAUUGCACGAAACAUUCUUAUGACGAUUCUGGAAAAGGAUCCUAAAGUCAUAAAGGAGCAUCCUUCUUAUAUCUAUUCUCUCUCAUUGAUCAGCGAUUUUGAUAAUAUUACGAACAAAUAUGAUAUCAAGAACCAUAAUAUUCUUGUCGAAUUUGAUAGGAGAUUUCAGGCAGAUAACAAGUGGGUCGUGUUACAGGUGCUUGAUGACUUCAAGAAUUUCCUUGACUCUCAUCAACUGGAAAUUCACAAAACUUAUCUCAACGACUCUCGGUUAUUGCCGUUGUUUUCAUCUCUUCUAGCACAUAUUAUGGCUGUUUCCAACAAAUUCUCUAUGACUAACACCGAGAUUCCGCGCAAAUGUGCUGAUGUUCUGGCGUGCUUGGGUGCACUGGAUCUCACAAAGGUUGGACAUAGUUUUAACAGGGCCUACAAGAGAAUAAUUCUUGUGUCCAAUUUGGGCAAUCACAGAGAGAUGGCCGAAUUCUCUGUGUAUUUCUUGAACAAUAUCCUUGUCAAAGCUUUUGUUGCCUCUACAGAUCCCCAAAAACAGCUAUUUCUGGCAUACUCGAUGCAGGAAUACUUGAAAAUUCUUGACUUCACUCCUGAAAACAUUCAAGUCAAGGACGCCCCUGAAAGUCUUGUUUGGGCGAAAUUGAACAACCUAUCUCAAACAGUUCUUCGUCCCCUACUGGUUUCGCGUUAUAUGAAAAACUCCUAUGGCUAUAUGGCGCUAACUUAUCCUUGCUAUAAGAAUACCAAAAAACAUUCAUUCUGGAUUCGUGAGUUUACAGAGGACCUGCUUCAUAGAUCCGAGGAUGUUCGAAAGUUACCGAAAUAUGCCAAGGCUAUAUUUGCAACUUGUUCCAUUAUUAUCAAAGACCAGGAUCUAUCCAUUGCAGAGUUCUUGCUGCCUUAUACAGCCCUCAUGAUGAUUGUGUAUGGCGAUGAUAGGAUCAAGGCUGAUAUCGAAAUCGAGAUGAUGACAGUGCUGAAUGAAGAUUUGGAUCUUCUUUCCAAUGAUUCGGCCAUUGAGAGCCUUAAAUCAUGUUAUAGGACAGUAUUUUCCAUUGUUGACUACUUUCGAGAGUGGGUUUCUGAAAGGAAAAGAGAUAAGAAAUACCUUCAAAAUAACUAUGUGGAAGAACGGAAGAAGAUUGAAAGCUUUCUUGCUUUGCUGCCAUCUGAACUUUUGGCCAAACGCACAGCCCAGUGCAAUUCCUAUGAACGCGCAAUAUUCAACUUGGAGCAGAGUUACGCUCACAACAAAAUGGAUAAAGAUGAAUUUUUCACCACGAUUCGACACAUGUAUGCCGAAAUAAACGAUACGGAUGCUUUACAGGGAGUUCUCAAAAAGUUUUCGACGGAAAGUCUGAAUGAUAAGCUUCUUCAGUUUCAGUAUUCUGAGGACUGGAGAGUCACGCAAGAAUCUCUAGCUGCACUCACAGAAAUUGAUUAUGGGGACAACAAUGAUCGGCAACUGGAUUCAAUUAUCUCUUUUCUGAGAUGUCUUGAUGAUCAUUGUGAAUAUGAUCAGGUGCUUUCCAAGCUUCGUGAAGUCGAGUCAUCAAUACAAGAAUUCGAGCCUACAAAGGAUUGGGUUGUAUGCGGAUUACAAGCCUCCAUCUUCAGCGGUCAGCUCGAGGAACUCAAGAGAUGGGUUUCUCAUUCACAAGAAUUUUCCUCCAUAACAUCUCCUGGUUCUUCAUUGUCUAUUUAUUAUGAGUUUGCUCGAGGCUUAAUUACCUUAAGUGAAAACAACUUGCGGGCUUGCGAUGAGCAUAUCUCUAAUGCUAUCACGCACCUUGGAACUUCAUUGUCAGUUUCACGUGAGAUAUCCCCUUCGAAAAUCUCAAGUUACAUGGUCAUGCUUCAUUGCUUGUAUGACUUCAGAUCACUAGUUUUUGUGGAGAACAAGCAGAGAUUACAGAAUUGUAUGGAUUUGCUACAAUUAAGGGCUAAGAACUCCACCAAAGAUUUUAAAAUCAAUUGGAAGAUUCACUCGCUUCGCCAAUCGAUAGAGAAAUUGCAUCCUCAGGCUGUUGUUCGCGCUUUUCUGGGCGAUACGAUGGUGCAGGGAUCUCAAUUUCUGCGAGAAGCUGGAAAAUACGAUCUCGCAACGAAAAGUAUUACAAACGCAUUAUUCAUUGGUACCUCGUCGGAAUUAAUGGUUAACUUGGAAUUUGCUAAAUUGCUUUGGGCUCAAGGUGACCACAGCCAAGCGCUGAAAAUAAUCAAAAGCCUGCUAGAAAUGGCGAAGCCUCGCAAUUCACCGGAGAUUCAACUCACAUACACGGAUUGGCUCGAACAAUCGGCUAAUGGAAGCUCUGAUGAAAUUAUAAAAGGAUACGAGGCUGCUGCUGCUCUGGACCAUGUUAGUGGAAAGCCACAAUACUACUUAGGCCGUUAUUACAACAAACUCCUUGAUGCUCAAGCUGUGGAGACCCCAGGAUUGAAAAAACCAGAGAAAGAUUUUUAUGGAGACCUGGAAUUCAACAUCAUAAAAGCAUACAUUCGAUCUGCUGCUUUUUCUAAUGAUUAUGUGUUUGAGGUUCUUCCUAAGGCGGUUACAAUUUGGUUAGACUAUUUUGCCAAGUAUCAGAACGCAAGUGAGCUGACAGGGUACUCCCAUGAAACCAUAUAUGCUAGGAGGAGGGAUAAUUACUCGAGUAUUCUCAAAUUUGUCAAGGUGGCAGCAUCUAAGAACGAGCUACCAAUUUACAAGUGGUAUACUGUUCUUUCGCAGCUCAUCUCUCGGAUGGUCCACGGUGACUCCGAAACAGAACUUGUAAUCUUGAAUGUUAUUACCCAAUUGGCCAAAGCAUAUCCAGAGGUUGUCCUAUACUCAGUCUAUGCACAGGUUCAAUCUACUUCACCAGAAAGGGCCCAACGUGGGAAACAGAUAUGCGAAACACUUCAAAAUAACAAGAAUGCGACGCUGUCGAAGCAAGUGUACUCAGCAUUCCAACUUCUCGAGGCGCUUAAAGGAGUAUGUCAAGCAGACAUCAGCAGACAGAAAAGAACAAAAAUGCACUUGUACUCAGAAUUAAGAUUUUCAUACCCAGAGCACCAGGAGUGCAGAGCGUUGGCAAUCCCAAUUAGAGUCAACUUCCAGAAACUGCUUGCCACAGGACUGAAUAACAAUGUGCUGAGAAAGUCAAACAAUUACCAAGUCGAUAAAUUCAUUGCGUUUAGAAAUUUCGACGCCAAAGUGAGCAUCCUAUCUUCCAUGCAGCGACCUAGAAGGUUGUACAUCACGGGUACAGAUGGUCGUAGGUACAGUAUUCUUUGCAAACCUCAUGACGACUUGCGGAAAGACGCCAAACUUAUGGAGUUCACAACCGUGAUGGAGAGAUUGCUGAAGCUUGAUGCUGAAGCAGACAAAAGAAAUCUCACCAUCAAAAACUAUGCAGUCGUGCCGUUGAAUGAGACAAUGGGUCUGAUUGAAUGGGUUGAUAACGUACGGACUAUGAGGGAUAUCAUGUUGACUUACCUUCAAAGACAGGGAAUAACCGUGGACUUUGGUAAGAUUAAGCAGUUAUUGAAGGAGGAUCUUUCUGUUGGUGAGAAAAUGCACAAUUUCCAGAAACUGUUGCGCAUGUACCAACCAGUGCUCCAAAUUUGGUUCCAGGAUCAAUUUCCUAAUCCUGUGAAUUGGUAUCAAUGUCGCAACGAUUAUGUCAAAACUUGUGCAGUAAUGUCAAUUGUCGGAUACCUGGUGGGAAUGGGUGACAGACAUGGUGACAACAUUAUGUUGAGCGAGUUAUCGGGUCAAAUUCUGCAUGUGGAUUUCGAUUGUUUGUUCGACAAAGGAAAGAAACUUGCCGUUCCAGAGCGUGUACCGUUCCGUCUUACGCAGAACAUGACGGCAGCUAUGGGGGUUACUGGAUAUGAAGGGACUUUUAGGAAGACUUGUGAGGUGACAAUGAAGAUCAUUCGACAAAACGAGAAUAGCCUUAUGAACGUCCUCGAAACCUUCUUAUACGAUCCAAUCAUGGACUGGAAGGUGAAACAUAAAAAACGCAGGUCCACAGAAGAGACCGAUUCAAAGGGCUUGCAACCCCAAGUUGCUAUGGAUACCAUCAGAAGAAAAAUCAAAGGAAUUCUUGAUCCAAAAGAUUUGGACACGGGCGCGAAAGACAGCGGAGGGCUGUCAGUUUCGAUAGUGGCCCAUGUUGACGCAGUGAUCCAACAAGCAACGUCCGUGGAAAACCUGUCACAGAUGUAUAUUGGCUGGAUGCCAUUUUUAUGA